AGUGAACUACAGGUCAAUGAACUUUAACCUUUAACUUGAUUCAAAAAGCACGCAACAUUCCGUGUUGGGACGGUAGAGGUGGGAGGGCGGCUGUCAUGUAGCGGGAUUUUUCCCGAACGUUCUAACACAUUUAGAGGUAGAUUCUACUCUUCUAUCACAAGGUUCAGCCAGGAGUGGACAUGUGGGCACUGUACACAAUAUGCUGUGGAAUUCUAUUGACCAUUAAUUUGUUAGUAAGAUGUGAGGCAGACGAACCACCCCCCAAAUGGGAAUACUACAACCCGCUGUCAGGUGUAACACUGCUCUGUGAUUGGUGCGCUCCUGGGGAGUUCAUGGUCACGGAAUGUACGGAAACAACCGUCACACAGUGUCGCACAUGCGCAGAGAACGAGUACACAGAACACUACAACCACGUCAGGGAGUGCUUCCGAUGCAGGGAAUGUCUGAAAGCCCACGAGCACGUCUUGUUAGGUUGCACACCUACCAACAACAGACAGUGCGUGUGUGAAGACGGCUACUUCCUGGCCUCAGAGUUCUGUUUUCAGCACACGAAAUGUCCCAUACGCUAUGGGGUCGUACAGAGAGGUACCCCCUGGAAGAACACCAAAUGUAGACGGUGCAGUUCAGGCACAUUCUCUAACGUGGAGUCCAGCAUGGCCACAUGUAGGAACCACACGGACUGUGGGCCCAUGGGGCUGUGUGUCACACAGAGGGGCAACAGGGGGGUGGACAACGUCUGUGGAAUAUGUCCCCACUAUAACACAAGUAAGGAUGUAUUUCGUGAACGUUGGGCUUACAGAUCUAGAUGAGAUGAACACAAAAUA